GUCUUGAUUUUGAAUUGAUCAUACUCUUCCAUCUAGAAGCGAGGUCUUGAUUGAACACCCGAACUUCCCAAUGCAGCAAAAAUGAGUGAUGGGCAAUGUCUUGAAGUUGUCCAAGCUGCCCAACUCUUGAGUGAAGGCAAGCCAGCUGCUGCAAUUGAGUGUCUUGAAGCCAUCAACACCCUGGAUUUAGAUGGACACUUGCUUAUGGCCGAAGCCCUUUGGACUAUGGCAGGUCCUGGUGGCACAAGAGAAUCUUUAGUGCAUUACCAAGCAGCAGAGGCAGCUGCCGGUUCUGACAUUUCGAAGCGAGCAGCUGUUGCUCUCGGACAUGGGUGGGCGCUUAUGCAAUUGAAAGAUCCUUCAGCACGGAAGAAGCUAGAUUUGGCCCGCACCUUGGCUCAGCAGGAUGGCAACGCAGCAGCUAUCCAAUUUGUGGACGGCUUGCUCAACAAUGAAAACGCCGACUCCUCUGAUGUGAGUUCAAUAGAAUCAACCUGGGCAGCUUUUGUAGCUGCUUCCUUGGGCGACCAACAAGGCCUCAAUGCCAUUUUGUUCAUGCGCGGCAGUAUCAAAGAACCGGAAGAUGAAAGAUCGGCUCUCGGAGUGAUGAAACUGAAAUCAGCUGGCGUCAAGGCGGUGAAAGCUGUGAAUGUAAAUGAGUCAGGACCUGAUUUGCCUGGAGGCUUGCAGACUCUUUCAAGUCUCGCUGUUGCGCUUCCGCAGCUCUAUUUAAAUGGGGUCCUUGUCGAGAGCUGGCUGGAGCUGGAUGAAGCGGAGUUUCGGGAUCUUCUUGUUAGAGGGGGUGCUGAAAUGAAUGAGAUGGAGCUGUCAAGCUUUGAAGCUGCCCCGAAAUCUGCAGAAGCUCUUGAGCAAGCAUGGGAGCACCUUGCGCCCAAGGUGAAAGAAAGGCUGGAGGCACAGCCAGAGAUGCCUUGUGGGCAUUCCUGCAACACUUGCCCCACCAAACAUGAUUGCCAGCUUCAUGAUGCUGUAGGUCACGUGCGAGACAUUGAAGAUCUGGCUUGAGUUGAGAAGAAAAAGCAGACUUGAGCGCGUAUCAAAUCUCUGUCUUUGGAGA